CCCCACCCCACCCCACACACAACAUGUCGCGGCUCCCGCUCGCGCAGUGGGACCCGUCCCUCUUCACAGAGCUGCAGCAGCUGUUGGCCCUCGUGGCAACGCAGCCGUCGACAUCGCUCGUGCGGAGGCUGUACCAGAAGCUCGAGGUGGCCCGCCCGUGGAUCCUGUCGCUGUCGGCCCUCCCGCCACCCAACGACGAGGACAAGGACUUUAUCGCCAAGUCGCCCGUGUCUAGCCCAGAUGGCGCGCAGGUCAAGGUGACGGAUGAGCUGCUCGCGACGACCAACGCGAUCAGCGAGACGCUCAACAUCUCGCACCUGCUCUCUGCCGUCCUCGCGCUCCACGCCGUCCAGCAGCGCGGCCGCUUCCCCAACCGCUCGCUGCCCGAGGUCGCAACGUACAUCCUGCACGAGGCGCUCCAGGCCCUGCUGGACUUUGUGCGCGAGCUCCUCCGCCUCACGGUCGGCCCGGAUGCCGAGGUCGGCGAGCCGUUCGACGAGCUCCGCAUCUGGGUCGAGGACCUGCUCGACGAGAAGGGAGCAGCGGGAUACCUCGCCGACGUGGCCGUCGACCAGAUUGACGCCAUCCAGGUGCGCCUGGACGCGCUGGUGCGCACGCCUGCCUCUGGCCCCCAGCUCGAGCUCAUCAACUUCCGCGCCUCGGCGCUGAGAACCGAGCAGAAUCGCCUCGCCGGCAUCCUUGGCGUGCUGGCCGACUCAGGCCUGUUAAAGACGUCUCAGGUGGUCAAGAUUGUCAAGUGGUUGAGAAAGUGUGCCAAGCCCGAUGCUGUCGCUGCCGCCGUGUUCGCCGCGUUCUCGGCCGCGACACAACCUUUGGAGUCGAUCGACCACUCAGAUCACCGCUACGAGACCAUCGCGGCCUACUCGCGUCAUGCCAAGUUUAUCGUCGUCGUGUCAAACGUCAUCUUUGGCGAGAAGUUCGAGGUCCCGCCCCUGCAGGAGGCCGUCAAGCUGCAGUGGUCAUUGUUCUACCACUCGGCUGUGCGCGAGGAGCCUUCGCUCGUCCAGACGGUCGGCCUGUCUCUCGACGCCGCCGACCGCAAUGUCCAGGACACGAUCAGCGCCGGCGUGCUGCAGUUCCUCUCAGGCCUCGUUGAGAGCCUCGACCGGCAGCCAGAGGACCCCACCACGGCCCUGGCAUCCCGCGCCGACCCAGCAAACAACCAGUUCCUCUACCAGCAGCUCGAGCUUCUCAUCACCUGGCUUGCGGCCAAGCGCCAGUUCCUCCGCAACCUCAAGAACAAGGAGGAGGACGUUGGCCUCCGCCGGUCCCAGGGCACGCCCCCAGCGGCCAACUUCCAGGCAUUCCUCACUCUCACUGCUGUUGUGUACAACAAGCUGCCACCAGAUAGCGCAGAGAGGCUAUGGGACGAGCCAUCGUUCACUUCUGUCGCCCUCGACAACCGCCAGACCUUCCCCGCACCUGCGUUCUGGAACAUGAUGACGGCCAUCUCGACAGGUCCCGUCUGCGCGUCCAAGUGCUACGAGAAGCUCAAGGACACGCGCCUGUCUUGGGUUUCAUUGUUCAAGUUCUACCAGCACUACACCGAGAUCAUGCCCCACCUCUUCGAGACGGUCAAGGUGUCGCGUCAGAUUUCCCUCGACCCCAUGCCCGAUGAGGAGUACGUCGCCCUCGAAGGGUGGACCAGACUCCUCGCAACUGUUGUUCGUGGAUCGGCCCUCGCACGCGGUGCGCUCCUCCAGUCCAAGCCCUACCCGCUCCAGCUCUUAUUCGACUUUGUCAACACCGACAUUGGCAUCGAGCUCAAGGCGCUUGUCAUGGACGCCAUCACUGCGUUUGUAGAGCGCCGCGGCGACACGGCCGCCGACGACGAAAUCGUGACCCGCGCAGUCGAGUUCUACGACCGCGUGACCUUUGCCGACCCCACUCUGGACGUCCGUGAGGGCUCGCGCGUCCCCGCACCUAUCGGCUGGGUCCAGCGCAUGGAGUUCUCGGAACAGGACACGGGCGAGUACCCGCUCACCAGAGCCUACGUCAAGUUCCUCACUGCGCUCAUCCCGUCGAGCAAGCCGAAGGUCAACAAUGCGCUCCGCCGCGGAGCAGUGUACAUCAUCGACCGUGUACUUCUCGGCACACACCGAUACGUCCGUGACGACGAGCACUGGGAGGUCCUGGACGCCGUCAUGGGCUUCUUCGAGAAGGCGCUCCUGUCGUUCGACCUCACCGACCUGUUAACGCCCACGCGCGGCACGGCUGCCGCCCUUGCGGAGCAGCCCGGUUUCCUCAUCCUCCUGAGGCUACUGUCCGAGCCGGCAAUCUUCACUCCCCUCGCCGAUGUCGUCGACCACGCCAUUACUGUGUCUCAUCCCCGCGCCAAGAUCAUCUCCACCUGCCUCCUCCGCGUGCUGAGAAUCUACUACCGCGUUCUGGAUGUCCAGCUCGUCUUCUCCGACGUCCUCCUCCUCACUCUGGCGUCGACCAACGGCUUCAAGCGCCCUCUCGGCUUCCAGUCGCUCGACCACUUCCUCCUCAACCGCCUCUCCAACGUCACCAACAUUGCGCUCUUGGUCGGCGACGAUGACCUGACAACGUCGUUUGUCAGCCUCAAGAUCAUCCAGGCCCUCACCCAGUCGCCCUUGUUCUCGUCCACCGACGUGUUCCGCGGCGAGUACGCCAAGGCCAUGAACCGUCUCGCCGGGGUGAUCGACGCGUCCGACGACUCUAUCCGCAUCGCCCAGGGCUUCUGUGUCCGCCUCGAGUCCGAGGGAGAGGACCUGUCACCAGAGGAGGUCGACAGACAGGCCAAGGCUGUCCUCCGUGGCGACAAGGCCAACUCGCUGCCCAUCAUCGUCCGCUCGACCAUCCUCGACCUGCUGGUCGACGGCACGGCUGACGCCACCGGCCCCAACAUUGCCCACUUCCUCCUCGGCUUCGACUUCCGAGCUCGCGAGUUUGGCCUCCAGGACCCCCGUUCGCCCACCGCCCGCCUGUCGUGCCUCGGCGUCGUCCUCGAGCAGCUCAACUCGAUCCCGCCGGUCAUCCAGCUCCACCCGGUCCUUGCGGCCAAGAGCGCCCAGCUCCUCCACCAGCUCUUCGUCCACCCCGUCACCGGCCCAUCCACCAUGGCCUACGCCGAGUCGUACGAGGCCUUCCCUGCGCGCCAGCUCGCGACCCUGCCCAGACACUGCCCACCCGCGACGCACGAGACCUCGGGCAUGGGCAUCGCCUCAACCCGCACCGAUGAGGUCGAGACAUCUGCUAGCGUGCUCGUCGCCUACCUUGAGUUCGAGCAGUACAUCCUCUCCUCGGUCGCCCUCCAGACGUUUGCCUACGAGGGCCACGGCGCGUCGGCCGAGUUUGUGGCGGGCCAGCUCUUCUCCGACGCCAGCGAGGAUGAGGACCAGCGCCCGCCGCUCAUCAUCGACCUCGUCUCCGUCGUGGACAUCCAGUUCACCGAGACGGACGCUGGCGAGGCGUCGCAGAACAAGGUGCUCGAGUUCUACUCUGGCUUCUCGUUUGAUCAGUUCAAGCGCCCCGACUCGGACUGGUAUGACCUGCAGCUGCUCUCGCGCGCACUGAGAUCCUACCGCCGCCAGCUCGAGCGUCAGGGCGUCGUCACUGCCGGUACGAGCGCCGACUCAAUGGUCGCCGAGGCCAACUACAUCCUCAGACGACUCGCGAUGAAGAACCGCGAGACAGAAAUCUCCAUCGCCAAGGGCUCGUUCCUCCAGGCCUGGCUCGAGGCGCUAAAGGUGUCCCUCGCGAUGCUCUUCCACACAGUGUCCGAGGACCGCCAGGAGAUUCUCCUGUUCGAGCUUCUCGACGAGAUCCUCAACCGCCUGAGCGGUGACCUUGCGCCUGGUGUCCGAGAGAUUCUCUCCGAGUCGGUCCUCGUCGCGCUCACCACCCUCGUGUCGGUGCUCUCCGUCAUCGACAGCUCCAACCUCCCUGUCGACAGGCUCUCGACGACCCUGGCCAAGAUUGUGGACGCUGUCAUCCGCCCCGGCACGACCGAGAACGCCCGCGGCAACCUCUACGCCGCCGUCAGCCAGUACCUCCAGCUCGUGCCCGAGGACAAGCAGAGCCCGCUGCACCGCGUUACUGUGGCCGCGCUGGGCGCGCGCAAGGACCGUUUCGUGUCGGUGCUGUGUCGCGACGCCAUGGACAUGCGCGACGUCUGGAAGACCGAGUGCUACUCGCUCCUCGCUUCGGUCGUCUCGCUCGGCGACGGCUCGCUCGUCGCUCCGCUCACCCAGGGCGGCUACCUCGUCCAGAUUGUGCGCAGCAUCAAGGACCGUGAGAUGGCGCUGCAGGAGUGCCUCUCGCCUGACCACGAGAACCUCCACGCCUACUGGGUGUACGAGUCCAAGGUCGCCUUCCUCCUCGCCUACGCGGCGACGCCCAAGGGUGCCGACGAUCUGGUCGAGGCGGGCGUCUUCCAGACCUUUGCCACCUGUGGCUUUAUCGCCGUGCAGCCGUUCAGCGAGGACGUGGUCGACGACGUUUCCGCCAACGAGACGGUCGAGCGUCAGCACCGCGUCCUGGUGUUGGCGCUGCAGCUCCUCGUCCGUGUCCUCACCUCCAACACACGCUCGGGCAUUGUCCACGGCAUCAGCUUCCUCAACGCGCAUAAGGAAUCGCUGCUGGUCCUGCUCCGCGAGAACCAGGCGUUCAUCACCGAGGCUGGCGUCGACGAGUCGCGCCUCAUCAUUGCGCUCCUCACGCUGGUCGUCGGCAAGGUGUCGCCCGAGGACCUGCGCUCGGCCUCGGGCUUUGGCGCAUUCCACCUCGCCGUCCUCUCCCUCGCCGCCAAGUUCUUCGACAAGCAGUGGGCCGACGCGACGCGCCUCGACGCCGAGAGCGCACGGCCAAAGGUGCUUGCGCUGAACCAGGUCAUCCUGACGUACCUCUGCGCCACGACUGUUGGCCUCAAGGCGGGCCAUGGUCAGCCCGUCUUCGUCACUGGCGUCGCACGAGCGAGCGGGACCAAGUACAUUGCCUCUGCGCCGUCACUGCCUGCCGCGGUUGAGCUGCUCGCCGACCUCGCCGAGGCUGCGCAGGACGUGUCCAACUCGUACGACGAUGUUGCCGACAAGAUUGCUGCUGCCGAGGACAUUUCGGCGUUUGCGGCCCAGUUCGAAGUCGAGACGGUCGACGAGCUGCAGGCGGCCUUUGCUGGUCGCAUGGGCACGAUCUACAACAUGAUCGAGUCGCUCCUGCUUCUCCUGUGGCGACACCUGCUCUUCUACGCCAACGACGCGGGUGCUGGGUCUGAUGCCAGCGGGACGGUGCGCCCGACCACCAUGUCGCUGUCGUUUUCGACGGCCGGCGCCGCGACGGCUGGCCCAGGCGCGGCCAGCCUCAAGUCGCUCGAGCGCGUGGCUGCGUCGCUCCGUGGCGUGCUGGACCGCCUCGACGACGUCGACGCGACUGUCGGACAGGGACGCAAGGAGGACGCGUACCACGCCAUGCUGGUGCGAAGGUUGCGCGAGCUGUGUGCGGGGCUGAGCGGGGAGUAGGUCGUCGGCGGCGAAUGGUUAAUUGCAUAGAACGUAGCAAAACGAAAGACCGUGUAUUAUUCUUCUCUUGUUAGCAUGCAUCUGGUCGUGGA